AUGGCUUCCAAUCAAGUUAUUGCCGCCACUUUGGUUAUUUUCUUUACACUUUUACUUCAAGGUAACAACAAUAACGUCGUCGAAGCACAACUCACGACCAAUUUCUACUCAACCUCUUGCCCUAAUGUUCUCUCCACCGUCCAAUCCGCCGUUAGAUCUGCCGUUAAGAGUGAGGCUCGAAUGGGUGCAUCUAUCCUCCGUCUCUUCUUCCACGAUUGCUUCGUCAACGGAUGUGACGGUUCGAUUCUACUAGAUGAUACAUCGAGCUUCACGGGAGAACAGAACGCGGCUCCAAACCGCAAUUCUGCUCGUGGGUUUAAUGUGAUUGACAACAUCAAAUCAGCUGUUGAGAAAGCAUGUCCCGGGGUUGUGUCUUGUGCUGAUAUCCUAGCUAUUGCAGCUAGAGACUCUGUCGUAGCCCUUGGAGGACCGAAUUGGAAUGUGAAAGUAGGAAGAAGAGAUGCAAGAACCGCGAGCCAAGCCGCCGCGAAUAGUAACAUUCCACCGCCGACUUCGAGCCUGAGCCAACUUAUUAGUAGUUUCAGUGCCGUUGGUCUCUCCACCAGAGAUAUGGUUGCUCUCUCCGGCGCGCACACGAUUGGACAAGCCGCUUGCAGGACCUUCCGACCAAGAAUCUACAACGAGACAAACAUUAACGCCGCUUUCGCCACCACACGACAACGAACUUGCCCUAGAGCCACCGGCUCCGGUGACGGAAACCUAGCUCCACUCGAUGUCGCUACGCCGGCUUCUUUCGACAACAACUACUUCAAGAACCUCAUGACUCAGAAAGGUCUCCUCCAUUCUGACCAAGAGCUCUUCAACGGCGGUUCCACCGACUCCAUUGUCCGUGGAUACAGCACCAAUCCGAGAAGCUUUAACUCUGAUUUCACGGCGGCGAUGAUCAAGAUGGGUGAUAUUAGCCCCUUGACCGGUAGUAGCGGUGAGAUUCGGAAAGUUUGCGGGACGACCAACUAA